AUGGCUGAACUAACUGACAUCCGCACCACAGAGCUCAGAGAGCCUGUCGAUGUGGCUACUUAUCUCUUCACUAGGCUCAAGCAAAUGGGCAUCGACUCUGUUCACGGGCUGCCCGGCGACUUCAAUCUGGUAGCCCUAGACUACCUCGAGGGCUGCGGCCUUCAAUGGGUGGGGAAUUGCAACGAGCUCAACGCGGGGUACGCUGCCGAUGGUUAUGCUCGAGUUAAAGGCAUAUCGGCCAUCAUCACCACUUUUGGAGUGGGCGAGCUAUCUCUCCUCAAUGCAACUGCUGGGAGCUUUGCCGAGUUCGUCCCUGUGGUGCAUAUCGUCGGGACGCCGAGCACCAUCUCUCAAAAGAAUGGCAUGCUCCUGCAUCAUACCCUCGGCAAUGGCAACUUCAAUGUUUUCGCCGAAAUGGCGGGCCAUCUGGCGGUCGAGGUCGCCAAAUUGAUAGACCCUCGUGAUAUCGCUUCACAGAUCGACCAUGCACUUCGCGAAUGCUACCUUCGAAGCAGGCCCGUUUACCUGACCCUCCCCACAGAUAUGGUCAAACGGAAGGUCGAGGGUCAAAGACUAAAGACCAAGUUGGACCUGAGUCCCUACCCGAAUGAUCCGGAAAAGGAAGAGUAUGUGGUCGAAGUGGUCCUGAAGUAUCUGGAGGCUGCCAAGAACCCCGUCAUUCUGGUUGACAGCUGCGCCAUUCGUCACGGUGUACUGCCUGAGACCCGCGAGCUCAUCGUCAAAUCGGGUCUCCCAGCGUUCGUGGCGCCUAUGGGCAAAGGGGCUGUCGAUGAAACCUUACCAAACUUUGGCGGUAUCUAUGCGGGCGAUGCCUCUAAUCCUGGAGUCCAGGAGCGUGUCGAAAGCGCCGAUUUGCUUCUCACUAUUGGUAGUGUUAAGUCCGAUUUCAACACAGCUGGAUUCUCCUAUAGAACCUCGCAGCUGAAGACAAUUGACUUCCACAGUACAUACACGCGCGUCCGAUAUUCGGAAUACCCCGGCAUCGGCAUGAAAGGUGUCCUUCGCAAAAUCAUCGACAGACUGCCCAAACUGAACAUUGAGCCUGGACCUACGCUCCAUCAGAGACCCAUCCCCGAAGAUGAAAAUCCCAACGACCCUACCAUCACUCACCGUUGGUUUUGGCCACGACUGGGACAGUGGCUGCGGGAUGGUGACAUCGUGCUCACUGAGACGGGAACGUCCAACUAUGGAAUAUUCGAAACUCGAUUCCCAAAAAAUGUCAUCAAUAUCAGUCAGAUCCUUUGGGGCAGCAUUGGCUACGCGACUGGCGCGUGCCAGGGUGUAGCACUGGCUGCCAAAGAGCUAGAUGGCAAUCGUCGUACAAUUCUCUUCACCGGCGAUGGCAGCUUCCAACUCACUUGCCAGGAAGUGAGCACGAUGAUCCGACACAACCUCAACCCCAUAAUUUUCAUCAUCUGCAACAAUGGCUACACCAUCGAACGCUUCAUCCACGGUAUGAAAGCGGCCUACAAUGAUAUACAAAACUGGAACUACAAGGAUCUAGUCCCGUCCUUUGGGGCGCAUGAGGGCAACUACAAAACUUACCAAGUCAAAACCAAGGCCGAUAUUCAUGCUUUGUUCCACGACGGAAACUUCUCGAAAGCGCCCUAUCUGCAGUUGGUCGAAAUGUAUAUGCCGUGGGACGAUUCCCCCGCAGGAUGUAAGUCCCUUGGUCUCUGUAAGAGUCCAUUUCAUAUGGCUAUGGACUAA